AUGCUGGUUUCAUUGUUACUGACUACUUUAAAUACUUCACCUGUUUUUGGAUGCGAACACUUUCCACUGUCAGAUGAGAACCUGACCACUGCUAUCACAGAAUAUCCAGAAGGACAUAGACCAAAACGCGAUACACCUAACUGGGAUUGGAUACGAAUUGAGACUGAAUAUGAUCAAUCAUUCAACUUACUUAGUGAAGAAAAACAGGAGCUACUCGAAGAUCUCAUCACAAACGCCCGUGACUAUUUCGAGACGACCAUAAAAGUACAACGGCUUAGUUCAAUCCAACUGCAACCGACCUGCAAAGGAGAAGGUUAUAUUGUCAAUGGUCAUAUUGAAUGUGACUAUGACUGUGAAAAGCGGUGCGGAAAGGCUAUAGCAUCACCUCUGGCACAUUAUUUCACAAAUUGCCGUUGUACAAAACAGGAUUGUGAGACGAAACAGAAGAAUUGGGGAGGAAAGUUGCGAGAUGCGGAUUUCGUCCUAUUUGUGUUAGUCAGUAACGAAAGAUGUACCAGUAUGACGCUGGCCUACGCUGCUCACUGUUCGUUGGACAAACAAACAAACAGACCUGUUGCCGGAUUCGUGAAUGUUUGUCCUAAUGCGUUCAAUAAUAUGAAAUCGAACGAUGUAACCCAGUGGGAGGCUACUAUUAAGCAUGAACUUAUACACGCUUUUGUGUUUUCAACAACGCUCUAUACGAAGUACCAAGGAAUAACAAGAACUUCAACAAAAGAAGGAUCAAUGGUUUUAGUCCCAGGAGUAAUUGAACGAUUCAAACGUGUGGACUGGGAAAGCGCUGCAGGCAUAGUUUCUCAUGACGUCUACAUGAUGGUAACACCAAAAGUAAGAGAAGAAGCACGGAAACAUUUCCAGUGUCCAGAUUUGGAGGGUGCCGAAAUAGAAAAUCAAGGUGGUCCUGCAACUGCAGGUGUUCAUUGGGAGAAACGCGUCUUCGAGAAUGAAGCAAUGACUGGUGUGGCUACACAAGUGUACGCGCUUAGUCGCAUAACACUGGCUCUUUUCGAGGAUUCUGGAUGGUACCAAGUGAAUUACAACAAAGCGGAACCAAUGUCGUGGGGUCAUGAGUUAGGAUGCAAAUUUGCGAAGCAAAGUUGUCUAACAUGGAUGAGAACAAAUCCGAACAACCCGUAUCCAUUUUGUACCGUAGUCGGAGACAAGAGAUGUAGCACGAAUCGCAGAGCGAAGGUCACCUGCAAUUUGAUGACAGAUUCUAUGAACGUAUCUUCAGAAUAUGACUACAAUGUUCCCAAUCUGUAUCGGGAUCUAGACGGACAUUCAGUGCACGGUUAUGGUAAUCUUCCGACGGCAGACUAUUGUCCUUAUUACAGGGUUUAUGGCGACUUCUCUUCACAAGAUAAAGGCAGCGACACACGUUGCACGUAUCCGGACAACAUGAAUUACAACAAUUAUUCUCUUGAGAUUUUCUCACCGACAGCGCAGUGUUUUCAACUUGAUGGUGGUAUUAAGAUUAAACACGAACGUGGAGUACGAAUAUGGAUGCAUUCUACCAUUUGCAAACGAAAUCUGCUCUUCAUUAAAACGCAAAACUCAAAAUUCUAUCCAUGUUAUCAUGGAGGACAAUUAAUACACGUGGAAAAGAGAGUCUAUGGUGUUGGCACGGUAACAACGCGAAUCAUCUGUCCUUCAUGCACUGAAAUGUGCGGAAAGAAGUUCUGUGCACCAGAAAGAAUCGUCGCUGAACGAAUUGGUGAUCCAACAAGAGGAUCAAACGAGCCUUCAGAAGAGAAUGUGAGCAUCGCAUUCACCGAAUAUCCGCCGGAACCUCGUCCAAAACGUAGCACACCGCUAUGGGAAUCGAUACGGAUAGAAACUGAAUAUGAUCCGUCGAUUUAUCUAUUAAGUAAAAGUAAACAAGAAACGCUCAAGGAUCUUAUCACAGCCGCACGUGAUUACUUCGAAAGCACAUUGAAAGUCCAACGUCUUUUUUCGUUACAGCUGAGAUCCAAAUGUAAAAAUUCCGAAGGGUUGAACCUUGGCGGUGUGACCUAUUGCCAGGACGAUUGCGCGAAACGAUGUGGAGAUGCACGUGCAUCAAAAGAAGCACAAUAUUUCUCGGAGUGCGUCUGCAACGGUCCCUGUGAAACGGAGCAAGGAAACUGGGGAGGAGUUUUACGCAACGCAGACUUUGUCUUUUUUGUCUCCGUAGACGGACGCAAAUGUGACCAAAGAACUAUGGCUUUCGCUUCUCAUUGUGCAUAUGAUGAGUAUUCGCGUCGGCAAAAUGAGAAGAGAGAAAUUCACGGCCCUGUACACUUUCGUGAUGCGCGUGAAUUCGAUCAUCACUUCUGUCAUGGGGGUUUUCAAUUCGUUCUGAAACUCAAGACGCACGGAUAUCCAAAACGAAGCCUCAUAUCCGUAACGAGAUGCUCUUCGUUGUCUUUGGACUCUUCUUUUGGUACCGCCUUUACCGUCAGAGCUGCAUUCAGACCAGUUGCCGGAUUUGUGAAUAUCUGUCCUCUUGCAUUCAACCACAUGAAGGCUAAGGACCUCUCCAAAUGGGAAGCGGUAAUCAAACACGAGCUUAUACAUGCUCUUGUGUUCUCCAGAGUGCUCUUUUCAACCUUCCAAGGGAUUCUGCGUUACACAGAAAGGGUAGGUCACAUGGUUUUGGUGUCAGGGGUGACUGAACGAUUCAGACGAUUGGAUUGGGAAACCGCUACAGGCAUAGUCUCACAUGAUGUAUUCAUGGUCGUGACACCUAAAGUACGAGAGGAAGCCCGAAAAUAUUUCAACUGUCCUGACCUUGAAGGAGCCGAGCUCGAAGAUCAAGGAGGUGCAGGAACAGCUGGUGUGCACUGGGAAAAGCGUGUACUCGAAAAUGAAGCAAUGUCAGGAGUUACUACGCAAGUGUAUGCGCUAAGUCGUAUAACAUUAGCACUUUUCGAAGAUUCUGGAUGGUAUGAAGUAAAUUACGACAAGGCUGAACCAAUGUCAUUUGGACGUGGAUUGGGUUGUGGGUUUGCCAAACAAAGUUGCUUAACCUGGAUCAGAAGAAAUGCACAUAAUCCAUACCCAUUUUGUAACGUGUUAGAUGACUCAAGAUGUAGCGGAAAUCGAAAGGCGAAAGUUCGUUGCAACUUGAUGACUGGUUUAAAGAAUGUUUUUAGUCAUUAUGAUUAUAACAUUCGAAAUGUGUACCGUGAUAAAAAAGGACGUCCUAUUCAUGGUCAUGGCGAUCUCUCCAUAUCGGAUUACUGCCCAUAUUACAAGGAAUACGGCGAAUAUUCAAGCGAAGGCAAGCACGCCGACACGAGGUGUACAAUUCCAGAAAACAUGAUGUACAACAAUUACUCAUUGGAGAUUUUCUCUCCAUCGGCUCGCUGUUUUGAUUUGGAUGAUGGCAUUACAAUUGAGAAUGAAAUUGAGAAAACAACAUGGUUGCACUCUGUCGGAUGUUAUGAAGCGAUUUGCGAGAACAAUCUAGUGUUCAUUAAAACACAGAAAUCAAAAUUCUAUCCUUGUUACAAGAAAGGACAGCUUAUACAUGUGAAAAAAAGGUUAAUUGGGAUCGGCACGGUUUCGACUCGAAUCGUCUGCCCAUCUUGUACCGAACUCUGCGGAAGAGAGAACUGUUCGCCAGAGCGAGCCGUGUGGAUGCUCACUUUCUUCCUUCUCGCUAACCUCUUCUCACCACUCCACGCAUGUGACUAUCGGCCGCCCACUGACGACGAAAUAUCCACUGCAAUAACGGAAUACCCAGAUGGUCGUCGUCCAAAACGUGACAUACCUUUGUGGGACUGGAUACGUAUCGAAACCGUCUAUGAUCAAACAUUUUAUUUACUUACCGAAGAAAGGCAAAAGACUCUUGUGGAACUUAUCGUGAAUGCUCGUGAUUAUUUUGAAAGCACAAUAAUGGUACAACGGUUGAGUUCCAUUCAGUUACCCCCAUCAUGUAAAAUGAAAAAACAUCGCACCGUGAACAACACUGUCACUCAAUGCAAGUAUGACUGCGAAAAAAGGUGCGGAAGAGCGCUGGCACCGACCACAGCGAAAUUCUUCUCGGAAUGUAAGUGUGUUGAAGGACCGUGCGAAACCAACCAAACAGAUUGGGGAGGUAAACUAACGAAUGCAGAUUUUAUCCUGUUCGUAUCACUGAACGAAGAUGGUUGUGCAAGAACUGUUCUCGCAUUUGGCUCUCAUUGUUCGAUCGACCCAUAUACUCAGAGACCAGUUGCUGGUUUUGUGAAUAUCUGCCCAUAUUCCUUCACUAACAUGAAAAAUUAUGAGAUUAACCAGUGGGAGGCCACUCUAAAACACGAACUUAUUCAUGCUUUUGUUUUCUCAGGAUCUCUCUAUCCAAAAUUCAAGGGAGCAAAAGGAGGUCCAAAAAGACAGGGAAGAAUGGUUCUAGUGCCAGGUGUGCUCGAACGUUUUGAGCGAAAAAAUUGGGAAACUGCCAAAGGAAUGGUUAGUCAUGAGGUCUUCAUGAUGGUCACACCGAAGGUGAGAGAAGAAGCGCGAAAGUUCUUUGGGUGCCCGGAUUUGGAAGGUGCCGAGAUUGAAAGUCAGGGAGGCGCUGGAACAGCUGGUGUUCAUUGGGAAAAACGUGUGUUUGAAAACGAAGCGAUGAGUGGCAUCAGUACACAAGUGCAUGCAUUAAGCCGUCUCACACUUGCACUUUUUGAAGAUUCUGGAUGGUAUCGGGCAAAUUACGACAAAGCCGAAGAAAUGUCAUGGGGUCGUAACUUAGGAUGUCGUUUUGCGAAACAAAGUUGUCUAACUUGGAUGAGGACACAUCUUCGCGAUACGUACCCUUACUGUAAUGUCCUUGAUGAUACAAGAUGUAGUCAUGGCCGAAAAGCGAAGGUUCGCUGUAAUUUGUUUGCUGGAACAAACCAGAUACCGCCUGAAUUCGACUAUAAUAUUAAAAAUUUGUACCGAAAUAGCACUGGUCAUUCUAUAUGGGGCUACGGACAUGUUGCUGCUGCAGAUUUCUGCCCUUAUUACAGAGUUUUUGGCGAUAUUUCAAAAGAAGAUUCUGAUACUCGUUGUACUCUCCCGGAUAACAUGAACUACAACAAUUAUUCGUUAGAGAUCUUCUCCCCAUUAUCUCGUUGUUUUGAAUUGGACGAUGGUAUAAGGAUCGAAAAUGAACGGGGUGCUACCAAAUGGUUGCAUACGGUUGGAUGUUAUGAGAACAGCAUGAUUUCGCGAGGCUACGUGGCGCGUCCCCGGGUGGCGGAUAGGGGUCUAAUCGCGGGACAAAACCGACCUUGUGCCUGCCCAGAGACUCGGGUGGAUUCAGGAGAUGGACUCCCUGUUUCUGCUAAGCCAGGACUGACUCAUGACAUCGUUGUAUCCCGCACGUCGGUCCGGCCAAAAGCCUGCAAUCAAAUGACUGGGAGGUGCAAGGGAGGCGGUUUGGAGUCGCCUCCAACAAAUAGGCUCCACAUGCCCACUCCGGGAGAACGUAAUAGAAAAGAGCCUCCUGAUUCCGGAGGAAAGCCUGGUACGGUAGCGCCAGGAAGGACGGGGUUGCAGAAGUCAUAUAGGCUACCGAAAUGGAAAAGGACUAGGAUGACGAUCUGUACCUAUAACGCACGUACGCUUGCAUCGGAAGCGGCCAUCGAACAUCUGAUGAUGCUCAAGAUCAAAUACGACGUCAUCGGACUGACCGAGACGAGACGACGUCACCCUCUACACGCCGUAUAUGAAACUGGAGAAGAACUGUUUUUGGGAACAUGCGACAGUAGAGGUGUUGGUGGAGUUGGCGUCCUCGUCAAUACGAGAACGGCAAAGAACGACAUUUCAACGUCAAAGUUGGCCCAAGAAGAACGGCUGAGGAACUUCACAUCAGGACCCACGGCCUACAAUGGAAUGACCAGGAGGAGAGGCUCUCCGAGUUCAUCAUGA